GAGGGUUGGCGAAGAGGCGCCGCGAGACAGGAGGAAGUUAGUGAGCGGUAGGAGUCCGUUAGAGGGCCAGUGAGCGCGAGGCAGCGGGACAGGGAACAUCUGCCUGAGGAGCUCGCGAGCGGCGAGGAGGGCAGCGCGAGUGCGGACAGACAGACAGACAGCCCGCCGGAGACACACACACACACACAGGCAGAGGCUCGGGAAAGAUGCCGCGGGUUGUCCCCGAUCAGAGGAGCAAGUUCGAGAACGAGGAGUUCUUCCGCAAACUCAGCCGGGAGUGUGAGAUUAAAUACACAGGUUUCCGCGAUCGGCCGCACGAUGAGAGACAGAUGCGGUUUCAAAAUGCCUGCAGGGACGGCAGGUCUGAAAUCGCUUUUGUGGCGACUGGAACAAAUCUAUCUCUGCAGUUUUUUCCGGCAAAUUGGCAUGGCGAGCAGAGGCAAACACCCACAAGAGAGUACGUGGAUUUUGAACGCGAUCAAGGCAAGGUAUACCUGAAGGCCCCCAUGAUACUUAAUGGUGUCUGUGUGACUUGGAAAGGCUGGAUUGACCUCCAACGUCUUGAUGGCAUGGGCUGUCUUGAGUUUGAUGAAGAUCGUGCACAGCAGGAAGAUACCCUGGCACAACAGGCGUUUGAGGAUUCCCGACGAAGAGUCAGAGAUUUUGAAGACAGAGACAGGUCCCAUCGAGAGGACAUGGAGGAACAGCUAUAUUUGGAGAUGUACGCAACUGCAGAUGCUGAAAUCUGGAGCAAAUAACAAUCUUCUGGAGGAACUCGGCAGCCACACAGGCAGGACCCCAGUCCCGGCUCCAAUCUGGGGAGCGGAGAUGAACUCAAACUACGUUAAAUGAUCUUGGAGCAGCCUUGCCAUAUUCCUUGUAUGUGGAAUCAAGCAGCUAUUUGGUGAACUGGUUAUUUAAGGAAGUGAAGAUGCUACGGUCCUGAACAAGAUUUUUUUUAAUCCGCCCCACAGCCCAGGCCUUUGGUUUCCACAUUCAGCACAAAGUGCCAGGGUUUGCACUAUGUCCAGUUACAGUACCUGCAUUUCCUGUUUAAAGCAUGUAGCCAGUAGCAAUUUUUGCAUUCUAUGCAAGCCAUGUUUCUUUUUGUUUGAAUUUUUAAAUGCCCUUUUAUGUAUUAAUUUGUCUUCCUUUCUCCUUGGUUGUUCAACCAAAAAAAUGCAGAAAAUCUGUAUCAGAAAUUAAGUUAAAAUGUUUUGAGUUGAAUUAAGAUUUAAGUGGCAGAAAACCACACAUUUAUUUUCUACUUUUUCUGUAGUACAUUCCGUGUUUGCAAGUGUAUAAGGAUUCUAAAUGUAUAUCUGUUUGCUUUUGCUUUUCUAAAGCACAGGGAAUGCUUUAUUUGCUUGCCUGCAAUUUUUGCUCUGAUUUUUAUAUCCUGCAGAGAGAUAGCCACUUCACAUACUUCACAGAGAAAUAGUUCACAUAUUAGAAUUAUUUUUCAAAAAAGUGAAAAAAUUAUGUGUAGAGUAAGAAUUUUGUUUUUGCAGUAAGUUGGAGAGUGGAAAACUCACCAGCAUAACUUUAAAUUUGGCUUGUUCGUUCCACUAUGAAUUAUACUUCAGGCCUACAAUAAUGAUCUAGUGAACAUUGAUUUUAAUUUCUACCCUUGUUUAGUUUUUGUAUUACUAAUGUGCAGUUUUUUUAAAUCCAAAUACAAUUACUUUUUUGAAAGGUCAUGUCUAUCAAAGUUUUGUAUUCUGUUAUUACAAAGUUAAAUAUAUAACCCUGAAUAUGGGGUACAAAUUGGACUGACAAUAUAGUGCACGUAUACAUCAUGUGCUGGACACAUGAAAAGUGAUUAAAAUUUCUGAAGUGCCCUGGUAUAUCAUGUUGAUGUUGGUGGCCUUGGUGGCUAUUUUUGUGCUCUGCAUUGCUUAACAAUAUCUUAAUGCUGGCAUUAAGAUUGGGAUAUCCGCUUUCUGCUAUUUAGUCUAAACAGUUCAAAACUUUGUUACAGGUGUUAAGUUAUUGAUGCAAUUUAAUAAUUGUUUUCCAAUCUAUAUUUAAGUAGAAGGAAUUGCAUCUUUUUGCAUUGUAUUCCUCCCUCAGGCGUUGCUUUGAAUUAUUGAGCUGGCUUUUGCUACUUUGUACCAUUUUCUUUUAAAUUACUUUAUUAGUAAAUCUGAAAAGACAAA